AUGCUAAGUAAGCAACAAACUGAAGAAGAUGUCAGACAAUUAUUUGCACCGUUCGGUACUAUCGAGGAAUGUACAAUUUUAAAAGGACCUGACGGAGCUAGUUGUGCUUUUGUGAAAUACAGUUCGCAUCAGGAAGCGCAAGCGGCCAUCAAUAGUUUGCACGGGAGUCAGACUAUGCCGGGAGCCUCCUCUAGCUUAGUAGUAAAAUUCGCAGAUACGGAAAAAGAAAGACAAUUAAGACGCAUGCAGCAGAUGGCUGGAAACAUGAGUCUUCUCAAUCCCUUCGUUUUCAACCAAUUUGGAGCAUACGGAGCCGCGUACGCACAACAACAAGCUGCAAUUAUGGCGGCAGCCACUGCACAAGGUACUUAUAUCAAUCCUAUGGCUGCUAUCACGCAACUACCGGCCCAUACCAUUAAUGGAAUGAAUGGAAUUAACGGAAUUGGGAAUGGAGUCGUUCCGCCGCCGACAUCAGCCCCGGAAUACGCGGACGUUCAAGUAGGACCACCGGUAGAUAGGAACGGGCAACCGGUAAACGGUGCCAUUCCUAGUCUACCAUCGCCCACCAUGCCCACCUUCAAUAUGGCGGCUCAAACGCCCAACGGACCACAAGUUAAUGGUCAAGAACCUGUUUAUACAAAUGGAAUCCCUCCACAAACCUUUCCACCUCACGCACUCCAUCUGUCCAUUCCAGCCCAAGGACUGUCCAACGGUGAGGCAGCUAUCCAGCAUCCUGCAGCAUAUCAAGCGAUGCAACCGGCUGGAUUUGGAGUCAGUGGUGUCGGUUGCUCGAUAUCUGGUCCAGAGGGAUGUAAUCUCUUUAUCUACCAUUUACCUCAGGAAUUUGGUGAUGCCGAACUAAUGCAAAUGUUUUUGCCUUUCGGCAACGUUAUCAGUUCUAAGGUAUUCAUUGAUCGAGCAACUAAUCAGAGUAAAUGUUUUGGUUUUGUGUCAUUUGACAACCAAACCAGUGCCCAAACGGCAAUUCAAGCCAUGAACGGCUUCCAAAUCGGUAUGAAACGUCUCAAAGUGCAACUGAAAAGACCCAAGGACACUAGCAGGCCCUAUUAA